AUUUUUUAAAACGCAUCUCUCUCUCAGUCAGAUCCCCUCUCUCUCGCUCAUAUCCCUCUCUCAGUCAGUCUCUCCUCCUCCUCCAACCAGUCAGCCAUCCUCUCUCAGAUCCCUCUUUCUCAGAUCGCUCCCUCCUCCUCCUCCUCCAAUCACUCAGCCAUCGCAUUCCCCUGUCUCAGAACCUCACAGUCACAUGGGACAAAUUUCUCUCACCACCUCUUGUUCCUUUCAACAAACAGAAACUUGGUCUGAAAUGGGUAAACUCAGUGUUGAAAUCUACCUGAUCUCUGCUAGGGGACUCCGGAGAACUUCAUCUCUGUGGAAGCUCCAAUGGUUUGCUGUUGGGUGGGUUGAUCCUAACAACAAGUACUGUACCAAGAUCGAUUCUUCUGAAAAUGCAAAUCCGGUACGGAAGACCAAGUUCUCAACAUUGGUCGAUAAAUCCGAAUCGAACCUCGGAGAUUUGGCUCUAAAUGUUGAGGUUUAAAGUAGAGAGCCUAUCUUUCUUAGAGAGAGGCUUCAGGGGACAGCUACAGUUGUUAUGAAAGAAUUUCUUGAUGAAUACAUGAAGAAUUUUGAAGUUUCAAACUCAAAACCAGUUGAGGAAGUGGGGAGUUUUCAAUUGCGGAAAAGGAAUUCCACCAAACCUCUAGGAUUUGUGGAUGUUUCAAUCCGGGUUUCCGAGGAAAGGGAUGAACCUAGUAUUUAUGGUAUGAAACCCCAAAAAAUACUUGAACCUUGCUAAUCUAUUUAGUCUUUUGUUCUUUUAUAUUUUUGGUGUCUAUGCUUGAAAUUAAAAUAGUUGCCUGAUCCUCCAUGUAAUUUUGGCAAUCCUAUACAACACUCAGCCGACACGAAAUCAACAUGAAAUUAAUGAAUUUAGGAUUAAAUUUAGCAGGUUCACAUGAUAAACAAAUAGUCAUGAGAUAAAUGAGGUAACAAAAAUCUAAAUAAUAGGUGAACUCACUAAAAAUAACUUA